AACAUUCCAGUCGCUAAUCGCACCCUGUUGUUUCUUCUGUUUCUACUGUAGUUGAACACCAUGAGAAUUUUGAUCUGCGUCUGCCUUAUCUUAGGCGCCACAUGCGCCGAAAAAGCAGCCCUAGCGAAGAAAGCCGUGGGUAAAAGAGGAGUUUUGGGACUGGGAAUCGCUGAUGGAAUCAUUGAUGGCGGCUUAGGUCUCGGAGGCGUGGGUCUUGGUGGUACCGCUGUGGGACUUGGUGGUACCGUUGUGGGACUUGGUGGCGCCGCUGUAGGUCUCGGUGGUGCGGCCUUGGCCGUGGCCCCCGGCACCAUUGAUCUUGGGUCGUCUUCUCACACACAUACAACCAUCACCAGGAAUUUGGGAGUACCUGUACCUGUUCCUCAUCCCGUUCCUGUUGACAGACCAGUACCAAUUCCUUAUGGAGUUCCUGUGGGAGUAGCCGUGGAUCGUCCCGUUCCCGUGGCUGUUCCCAGACCUGUUCCUGUUACGGUCGAAAGAACUGUCGCCGUUCCCGUCGAUCGUCCAGUUCCUGUAGCUGUCCCGCAUCCUGUGGGUGUGGCCGUCCCAAAUCCAGUUGGAGUUCCGGUACCUGCACCGUAUCCAGUACCGGUAGCCAGUCCUGUGGCGGUUCCUGUGGCCCACCCUGUACCAGUAGCUGUCGCUAAACCCGUUCUGGUGGGCAAGCAUAUCUGGUGAUUUCUCUACAGAAGAUUAGAUUAAGUACAAAAUGUAGAUAAAUGAUUUAUUUUUGUAAAUAUCUAUCGCGUUUUUAAAUAAAAAUUCGA